GCGGGAACCCUGCAUUCUGCAGCGGCCCUGGGUGCAGCUGAGCGCGGACAUGGCAGGCGCCCGGCUCCUGGCAGCGGUCCUCGUCCUGGGUCUGUGCGCCAUGGCGGGGGCCGGGAAACCUUGGAGGAUACCCGGGGUCUGUGAGACCUCAGAGAGAGGCCUCCCUCCCGGACAAGGUCAGGGUGACCCCUGGUGCUGGGGGGCCCGCUUGAGGAGAGGGACAGGGCAGGAUGCCCCUCCAGGGGCUCCUUGGAGUCCGGCUUUGAUCACCUUUCAUCUUGGUCUCCACGUGGGCCCAUCUGUCCACCUCUUUCUAGAAGCCCCCUGCCAGUGCUCCAGGAUGAACCCCGACAGCAGGAAGAACUGCGGCUUCCCGGGCAUCACCAGCGAGCAGUGCUUCGCCGCCGGCUGCUGCUUCGACACCACCGUCCCGGGGGUGCCCUGGUGCUUCACGCCCCUCCCCAUGCAAGACAAGGAGGAGUGUGUCAUGGAAGUGUCGGCCCGCGUGAACUGUGGCUACCCGGGCAUCAGCUCCGAGGUCUGCGCGUCUCGAAAUUGCUGCUUCUCCGACACCAUCCCUGAAGUGCCAUGGUGCUUCUUCCCAAAGCCCGUGCAAGACUGUCACUAUUAAGAGGCAGUGGCUUGAGAGGACCCGCCGGCUCCUGCAUGUUCUGAAACAGCGAGAGGACUCACCAGCUCAUCCGUUUCCUGUUCCGUGUUUCCUGAAUGCCUGGGUUUUCUUCAUCGCUUUUUACCUGGUUCAGUGGGUUCACAUUCAGUGUCUUCAAAUAAAGGAAACCCUUAACAUCUG